GUAAUGCGUUUAUUCAGCGUUUAGCCGCUCGGAACAUCGGACGCAAACCGAACGCAAACAGUGCGAACGCGCGGCAUCAAUUUGGAUCGGGAACUUUGGCGCAAUUCAGUCUACACCCAGAACUCAACCGGUACGGACGAUCCGUGUUCCGUAUCCCGUACAUUGCUCGGUCAACUCGCUCGUAAGCAUUUGCAAGUUGGAGAGUGAAAUAAAAAAAACUUUCCCCCUCGAUCGCCCCACCGCGGUACCGUCGAUCAUGAUCGUGACGAGAUAGUGAAACGUGCGAAGAUUGCAGCUGACAUUGACAUUGUGCGUUGUUUUCGUGCCGUUGCAUUUGCUGCGCCUACUCAUUCGCACACUUGCGCUUGUACGAUCGUGAGCGCCAUAGGUGCAACACCAUAGGAAUUAGUGGCACAAUUUACGAUGUCAUGUGUUAGAGCGGUUUCCCGUAGAAAAUUAAUGGACUGAAUGUGCGCGUCUGUGUAAUUUUGUGGACUGAAUAAAGUGUCAAAAUUUAGUGUAAAAGAAAAAUUGUUCCGAAAUACCAUUCAUCACUCCCAUCGUGUUCGCGGUCGAUUGCAAAAAUGCAACGACGAAAAGUUGGCUUGCAGGCGGGAUUAGGAUCAUUCCUAGCGCUGGGCAUCCUCUUGGCAGCGGUUGGUCAAACGAUUGCCAAUGAAUUUCAAGGAAUACGACGAUCCAAAUGCCAGCAGAGCCGUGAUCGUACACAGAUCUAUGAAGGUGUAGACAAUGUGCUGAUGAAACGUCUGCAAGCGUUACGUACGGAGAUGCGCACCAGAACGUCAACGCAGAGUGCCGAACUGGACGCGUAUCUCGUACCGAUGUAUGACGAGCAUCAGUCACAGUAUCUGAUGGAAUCGGACCAACGUGUACGCUUUCUGACCGGGUUUAGUGGUACGGUCGGUGAGGCAGUGGUUCUAAUGCGAUCGGCCGCCUUCUGGACUGAUGAUCGUUUUAUCGAGCAAGCGGACCAAGAGUUAAACUGCGCCUGGAGAUUGUUUCGUACCGGCGAGCGUCCAUCCGUCGCAGAAUAUAUACUCUCGGAGCUAUCCCCGGAAGCACGUGUUGGUGCCGAUCCACAACUAGUACCGCAUCCGAUGUGGAAAGCGCUCGAAACGGACCUAACUGCGGACUAUAUCCGGCUCGUGCACAUUAACCGUAAUCUGGUCGAUAUGGUGUGGGGUACGCGACGACCUGCACCACGUUCCGGCGCUAUUAAAGUGCAUCCGGUGCGCUUCGCUGGUGAACGCUGGGACAGUAAGGUGGCUAGACUGCGUGCCAAUCUGACUGCGCUCCGGUGUGACGGUAUGAUCGUUACCUCACUGACAGAGGUGGCUUACUUGUUGAACUUGCGCGGUAGCGAUAUCCCACACGUGCCCGUAUUCAAGGCGUACCUGUUGGUCACGCACCGCGAACUGGUACUGUACACCAACACAAGCCGCGAAACGCUCGGACUAAAGAACCACCUGAAGGCACACUCCUGCCACAACGAGAACUGUGUGCAGCUGCGGGAUUACGGUGAUGUGUGGCGUGAUCUGCGCACCCUGGCACAGCACUGGCACCGAUUGUUGGUACCGUCAGCUGUGGUCUUCGAUACCGGUGCAUCGGAAGCCAUACACGCGACGCUGCCACGAAACAUCGUGUUCGAGCGACCAUCUCCUAUCAUAUUCCUUCGGGCGCAAAAGAACCAGGUCGAACGGCAGGGAAUGCGACAGGCACACAUACGAGAUGGAGUGGCCAUAUGCGAGGUGUUCAGUCGGUUGGAGGAAAGGUUUAUUGCCGGUGAUCACAUCACCGAGUUGUCACUGGCGCGUGAAAUCGACCAAGCCCGAAAGACACAAAACAACUCGGAAGGGGUCGCAUUCCCAACAAGUGUCGCCUACGGAGUGCACUCCAGCCGACCCAACUAUACACCUUCCAACCGUACCAACGUUGAGCUUUCCGAGGGAAUGGUACUGAUCGAUUCCGGUGGCCAGUACGAGGAUGGUACGACGGAGGUAUCCCGGACGCUACAUCUCGGUGAACCAACAACGGAUCAAAUCCGUGCGUAUACGAAUGUGCUGAUCGGUAUGAUUCGAUUGUCUAUGCUGACGUUCCCGGAGAAUCUAAAACCUGCCGAACUGGACGCACUAGCUCGUGGACCGGUCUGGGGAUCGAUGAACGACUAUCCGCACGGGACCGGUCAUGGUAUCGGGUCGUACUCGGCUGUUCGUGAGUCUCCGAUCAGUAUUUCAUAUACGGCGAAGCAAAGGUUCACCUUCAAAGAGGGAUACUUCUUUUCUAAUGAACCGGGAUACUAUAAAAAUGGAGCUUUUGGUAUACGAUUGGAGAACGUGCUAGAAGUAGUGGAUACUGGAAAGAUGCAUCCAACGGGACACAAAUUUCUCGCUUUCCAGGACGUGACACUGGUACCGUUCGAGUGGAAACUUAUCGAUCGUACAUUACUCAGUGUACCAGAGAAAAAAUGGUUAAACGACUACAACUCACGCAUUCGCCAGCACGUUGGAAGCGAACUUAAGCGAAAGCAUAAAAUGGACGCGUUUUACUGGAUGAUGAACAAAACACGCCAUGUACCGGAGUAUGUCACCGAAGCGGAGUAUAAUGGAGUUGCGAAAUUGCAUCAUGAUCAUGUGCCGAUCACAGGUGCUUUAACGAUCGUAUUUCUACUCGGACGAUUCGUUCUCUACUGAUACUGUGCGGCAUAGAAAGUCUCUCAAUUCCGCAAAAAAAAGGUGCCAUUCAAUGUUCGGUGUCCAUCAGCUGUACUUACAACUCCUAUUGUAACGUAGCAAGAUCAAAAUUGAACCCAUUCUAAUCCAUCGCUACCAAGAUCAGUUUCUGCUCGGUAUCGGCUUGUGUGUGAUUGAUCUGUUAAAGAUUUUUUGUUACUGCCUCGAAUUGAUUCCCACUCCGUACAAACAAUUAGCUGCCGAAUUCAUAAGCACACAGCUCACAUUCGCACUUACGCCACACGAUGUAAUGCGACAAAUGGUUACGAAAGUGUUUAAACAAAUGUAAGCAAAUUAUUUACACCUCAUCGUUGUUGAUCAUGGCAAACGGUGAACGGUUGAAGGAAGGUUGAAGCUUCUGACGAAAAAGAGUGAUAUUUUAUUUAUUCUGUUUCAUCCAUUGCGAACGAACUAAGCACUAAGAAUUGUAUGUUUAACGACGUAAUACAACAAUAAACUAGUCUACACAAACAA